UCUAGAGUCUUAUUUCUUGCCGUUACCGUGAAUGCCACCAAAACAGCAACCAAGCAAGAAAGCUGAGCAAAAGCGGAAGGAAAAGGUCAUAGAGGACAAAACUUUUGGCAUAAAGAACAAGAAAGGAGCGCAAACACAAAAAUAUGUACAGCAAAUUCAGAAUCAGAUACGUAAUGCAAAUUCUCGAGCCGAACAAGCUAAAGCAGCUGAAGCAAAGAAGAAAAAGGAGUUAGAGGAACUUCGCGAUUUGAACAAGAUUUUGCAUCCUGUGGAGCAGAAGGUACGGCGAGAUGUCGACCCGAAGUCUGUUGUUUGCGCAUUCUUCAAGAAUGGUAUGUGCCAUAAGGGAGCCAAAUGCAAGUUCAGCCAUGAUUUGGCUGUUGAACAGAAGACGCAGAAAAAGAAUCUCUACGUAGACAGCCGAGAACUUAAACAAGAAGAGGAUAAUAUGGAGAAUUGGGACGAAACAAAAUUGAGCGAGGUUGUAAAUAAAAAGCAUGGAGAAGCGAAUAAGAAAUUGAAUCAAACAACUAUCGUUUGUAAGUACUUCCUUCAAGCAGUUGAGGAAAACAAGUAUGGGUGGUUUUGGGAGUGUCCGAAUGGUGGCGACAAAUGUAUCUAUCGGCAUUGUUUGCCUGAGGGAUACGUUUUGAAAAAGGAUCGGAAGAAGAUGGAGGAGCAAGAUAAGGAGAAUCAAAUUAGCUUGGAAGAGUUGAUUGAGAAAGAGAGAGCGGCAUUGCAAGGAAAAAAUCUUACCAAAGUCACUCUUCAAUCCUUUGUUGCUUGGAAGAAACGAAAGUUGCGAGAAAAGAAACAAAAAGAAGAGGAAGAGGAGAAGGCGAAGAAAGACAAAAUCAAAGCCGGCAGAGCGCUCGGUAUGAGCGGAAGGGAUUUGUUUACAUUCAACGCAGAUGCGUGCGUUGACGACGAAGAUGCGGAGGAUGUUGAAUUUGAACAUGAGGAAGCUGACCCUGAUGAGAAAGUAUUUGAAAUCGACAACAACUUCUUCAAGUUUGAAGGAAUGGAUGACGAUUUGGACGAAGUUGCUGCUCCGAGUGAAGCUAAUCCCAACGUUGCAGAUGGAUUAGCUCAAGGAGUCGCAGCUGUUGCAAUUAAUGAAGAACUGUUCGAUGUUGACGAGGAAUUAGAGGGACUAACUUCGGACGAGGAUGAGCCUAAGGCGUCUGCAGCGGUCAGCUGAGUCAUCGCUCCCUUUCUGCAUGCUCGCCUUUCUCAAGCUCAACCAAAUUGAUUUUCCCGGCUUUCACGACCUCAUCACAUUUCAUGAUGUUUGCAGAAUGUUUUAUACAAUUUGUACUGAUUGAAUUUUCGCUGUUCUUACUUGGAUCGCCCUUUCAUCUUCCGCUUUGAAACUGGGUAUUAGAGAGAUUUUUCAAAUAGUUAUUGUGAUGGCAUCGAUCUUGUGAUGAGAGUGUAUGUCUGAAUUUUACGUGACUGACUCUCACUGAUUGCGCUGAAGGCGAUAAUUACGAAUGUUUGUCAUUUGUGUUCUUGACUGAUUCCGAUUUAAUUGUUUGGGUGGCACCGGUUGACGCUUAUAUCGGUGAUAAACGUUGCGCGGAAAUACGUUCAGAAUUUGAGAUUGCUUGUGGUUCAAUAGCUACCUUCUUCAGUUUUUUCUCUCGGAUGAUGAAUAGCAGUAGCAUUCUUUUUUGUUAUUGUUUGUGCAAUCCCGCUGGUUGUUCGAUGC